AACUGGUGGAAGAUUGCAGACCUUGCCUUUCACAUUCUUGACCAAGCAAGUCGGUGUUCAACAUCCAGGACCCUACAUAGACCUGACACCGUGUUCCGGAGAUGAUGGAUGAUGGAAGCUGAAGUGCUUCGACACGAUGGACACGCCGCUCGCAGUGCCGGGAGACGGCAUCAUCGGAGUGGAGGAUGAAAGCGUGAAAGCGUUUCUCAAUCCCUCAUCGGCGCAGGGACUUGCAACUCGGCCGCUGGAGGUCGACGGACGGGUUGCUUUCAUGCUCCAGGUCUUCAGAAGAGGCGUCCAAAGCGUGUCUCUCGCUCUUCUUGCUGGAUUUCGCCACGCUUUGGAAGCCGCGGCAGACUGGGUAGCCCAAGGGUCGACUGCCGAUCGAUUGGGUCGCCGCAGACUUGCGCCAAGAAGGCAAUCGAGUCGCAGAUGCAAUGAAAUAUUGAAGACCCAAAAUCGUCUCUCGCGCGAGUCAAGAAUUGGUUCCUAGAGCAGAUCGCCAUUCACCCAAGAUCUACAGCCCCCCAGAGGCCUCGAUCAUCUUGCCGUUGAUGAAGCGAGACUCAGCCACUCCACCUCGAUUGUAGCGUUGGAAGUCUGAUAC